GUCCGUCACCAUCCCCGCAUCUUUUCGAUGUCACAGUCCACGCCGUCUACCAGAGAAGCCUCGCUGCUGCAGACCCUGUCGCCUGUGUUGCGCGCCAGGGUCUUUUCUUCUCGGAGGACUCGGAUAGCUCGCACCUUGCCACCAGUGGCAGCGCCAGCAUCGACAAUCCCAGCAAGUACGGCUACAGGGAGUGGAACGCCGGUGGUGUGUGGAGCUAUACUCCUGGGCGUGCUACACGAGUCGCGAUCGUGGCGAGUGCAGAUAUUGCCCGAGGUGGCCAUGGAUACUAGGGAAAGCGAGGCAUCUACGGCGAGUUCGAGUUUGGCGACGGCGAUGUCGACGGGAUGCGGGGCGGUAGUGCACAGCGGGGCAGCGGUCAUACCACAUGCGCCACCCAGCCGACGGGCGAGGAACGGUAAUGUCAAUAAUGCCGACAUAGAGGAGGAGGACCGUGACUGGGGUGGGCUGGAAGGCGGGGAGCUGGCAUGCUCGGUCGUGACACUGGGCGAAGAAUACCACACAUCGGAUCUGAGAGCACUCAUCGCGGAUAACGUCAACAACGGCAGUGGAUGCGGAUGUGUCGCGCGGGGACUAGGGUGUGCCGUCUGUGGAAAUGCCCUGGGCAUGGAGCGCAUCCUCUGCUCGACACACGGCGGGCCAAAAACGUCAUAUGUCUUCCUCCACGGCGCAGUGUCCCCCAUUGCGCCAAACUCAUCGGUCUCCAUUCCUGUCCAUACCCGCCAGCCUCCUGCCCGCUUGCAGUCGUCUCACCUCUCCGGGCCUAUCCUCCAAUACGAGCCCUCAGGCCUUCUUGCUACAGACCCCGCAGCUGCCAUGCCCUCGCCCAUGCCUCUGCUACCCUCCCGCGACCAAGUACUCCGACCUCCCUUGCUGUCCUAUGGCGGCACGGUCGGCGUAAACGACUCCGACCUUCCCGACCUGGACGACUUUAGUUCGGAGGAAUCGUUCGACAACGACGAUGCUGACGAUGCCGAUAAUCAGGAGGAGCAGCAACAGCAGCAGCGGGACAUGGAGACGCGGAUGCAGAUACUACUACGGGAAGAGGCAGAGCUGCAGCGGGAGUUGACGAGAUUAGAGGCGGCGCGGGCCGAAAUUCUGGUAGAGGAGACGCGUCCGCAGGUCAGUGUGGCACCCAUGUCGGCGCUGGCGGCCCGCGGGCUGGAGUCGUACCUGCAGUCCCAGUCCCGGACUCCGUUGACGGCGGUUCAAACGGAAGCCUUGACGCCAGCCCAGAUAAGGCUGAACGCGAUGCGCGAACGGUUGGUGGACCUGCGAGGCCGGCUGACAGGCUGGUGA